AUGUUUGCCAGAUCUGCUUUCCGCGCGGCCCAGCCGCUCAAGACGCACGCCCGCCGGUACGCCACCGAGUCCGGCGCCAAGCCCGGUUCCAACACCUUCCUGUACCUGGCCGGCGGUGCGGCCCUCGCCGGUGCCGGCUACUACUACUUCGCUGGCACGCCCGCGGUGCAGCAGGCCGAGGCCAAGGUCAAGCAGGCCACGGGCGCCGCUCCCAAGCCUGCCUUCACCGGCGGCGACCAGGGCUUCGUGUCCCUGAAGCUGGCCGAUGUCGAGAACGUCAACCACAACACCAAGCGCUUCCGCUUCGAGCUGCCCGAGGGCGACAUGGUCUCGGGUCUGCACAUUGCCAGCGCGAUCCUGACCAAGUACAAGGGCCCCAACGACGAGAAGGCCACGCUGCGGCCUUAUACCCCCAUCAGCGACGAGAGUGCCCAAGGUUACGUUGACCUCCUCGUGAAGAAGUACCCCGACGGCCCCAUGAGCAGCCACCUGCACAACAUGGUCCCCGGCCAGCGUCUCGACUUCAAGGGACCCCUCCCCAAGUACUCGUGGGCCGAGAACAAGCACGAGCACAUCGGCCUUAUUGCCGGCGGCACCGGCAUCACGCCCAUGUACCAGCUGCUGCGCACCAUCUUCAGCAACCCCAACGAGAAGACCAAGGUGACGCUCGUCUUUGGCAACGUCUCCGAGGAGGACAUCCUGCUGAAGAAGGAGCUCGCCGAGCUGGAGAACACGUACCCGCAGCGGUUCCGCGCCUUCUACGUCGUCGACAAGGCCCCCAAGGGCUGGGCCGGCAACACGGGCUUCAUCACCAAGGACCUGCUCAAGACGGUGCUGCCCGAGCCCAAGAGCGACAACAUCAAGCUCUUCGUCUGCGGCCCGCCCGGCCUGAUGAAGGCCAUCUCGGGCAACAAGGUCAGCCCCAAGGACCAGGGCGAGCUGACGGGCGCCCUCAAGGAGCUCGGCUACGAGAAGGAGCAGGUGUACAAGUUCUAG